AUGGUGGCCACGCUUGCCACCCUCUGCACCAUGCUUUACAGGCUGAGCUUGCUCACUGGGUGGGCUGCCCCCGGGCGCCUGGCGCUCACCGCCGAGACCUUCCCGUCGCAGCACGUGCCGUGCCGCAGGAGCGUGGCGCAGGUGGAGGAAGGGACGCAGACCACCCCUUCGCUCGAGAUGCUCCUCAAGCAGCAGUGGUCAGUAGGCAAGAAGAGGAGGAAGAGCAAGGACGGGACCCAUCGGGACAGGAGCUCCAAGGAAGGGACCCACCAGGAUGGGACCCACCAGGAUGGGACCCAUCGGGACAGGAGGUCCAAGGAAGGGACCCACCGAGACUGGACCCACCAGGACGGGACCCAUCGGGACAGGAGCUCCAAGGAAGGGACCCACCAGGACCGGACCCACCGAGACUGGACCCACCAGGACGGCACCCACCAGGACGGGACCCAUCGCGACAGGAGCUCCAAGGAAGGGACCCACCGAGACUGGACCCACCAGGACAGGACCCGUCGGGACAGGAGCGCCAAGGAAGGGACCCACCGAGACUGGACCCACCAGGAUGGGAUCCACAAGGACGGGACCCACAGCCGGGCUUGGCAGGAGCGUCACGCUUCCCAUGACAGCAAGGACAGGGACAGGCUGCACUGGGUGUCACCAUCCAGUGGUCUCAGCCCCACUGAGGACGAGGACAGCGAGGUGCCGGGGAUGCUGGUGACUGACAUGACCCAGGGCAGGAAGAGCAAAGUCUCCCACGACCUCUAUCCAGAGAAGGCAGGAGAGGAGGAGGAGGAGGAGGACCAGGAUGUGCUGGAGAAGGAAGCGCGCGGGACCCUCGACUUCCACAGCGUCCUGGGCGUGCUGAGCCGCACCGGCGCCGCCGCCGCUGCCUCCGAGGCUUUCCAGCCCAUCUACGAGACCUUUGGCAGGCUGAAGGAGGGCUCCAUCGCUGCUGCCGACCUGCAGCCCGCGCUGCUCCGCUUGGGUGUCCGCCUGGCGCCCGUGGUGCUGCCGAGCGCCCGCAGCGACGACAACGUCCCCGAGAGGGUGACAGUGCCAGGAACAGCCCCUGCACAGGAGGCCACGCAGGAUGCUGCGGAGCUCAUCAGCAGGAUGGAAGCAGGCAGUAUUGAGGCCUCAAAGCUGCGCUACAUCCUCCAAGCCAUGGACAUCCACCCGACGGAGCAGGAGUUUGAGGAGGCUCUGCAGAAGGUGGCUCUGGAAAAUGGCAGCUCCUCCGCUUCGGCAGCACCAGAAGACACUGUCGGUGCCACCAGUGGUUUUGAGAAUGACCACUUGGCUGUGAGGGACCUGCUGGCCUGUGCAAAUCAUCUGGGCAUCCAAGAGGGGCUGGAGAAGGCUUCUGUGGAUGCCCUGCAGGAAGUCUUAGAGGUCAUCAGAAAAGUCAAGAACAACCAGAUGGAGGUGUCUCAGCUAGGAGAAGUUCUGGCCAACAUGGGCAUCGUGCUCCCAGAGGAGGAGCUGCGGGAGGUGCUCAGCAAGGUCCCCAUCACUGGAGAUGAGAAGUUGGAUUUUAAAGAAUUUAUGAAAAGCUUGGCCAGCACCGGGAGACUCUCUGAAACCGCACGGAAGCAGGCUGAUAUGGGAGAGCUGAAGACCGGAGCCCAAAUGGGAACCCACAUCGCGGGCCAGAAGCUCCGGGAGGCCCUGGAGCACGUGGCUGUGGAUGGGGACGAGUUUGACCUCCAGGACCUGGACUCCAUCGUGGGCUCUGGAGGAGGACCCUUGACCAGCGAGGAGCUGCACGAAGCCGUGGGACACGCUGAGGAGGACGGUGUCACUGUGGAUGCUCUGGGCUCUGCCCUGGCCACCAUGGGGAUCCACUUAACCCCGGAGGAGCUGCAGGAGGUGCUGAGUUGCGUCUCUGUGGAUGGUGACAAGGUCAGCAUCCAGGAUCUGAACACCGUCCUGGGCACCAAGGGGGUCCACCUAACCAGCAAGGAGCUGCAGGAAGCCUUAGCACAUGUGGCAAGUAUAGCUCACACAAAGGUGAAUUUGAGUGAAUUCACGGAGGCAGGGAGGGCUGGCCAGAAACCACCCCUGGGGGAAGAGGACAAAGUUGAUAUCAACGACGUGGGCUCCAUCCUGGCCAACAUGGGGAUCCAUUUAACCCCAGAGGAGCUGCAAGAGGUGCAGAAACAUGUCCCGGUGGACGAAGGUGGGAACGUCAGCCUGAGCGCGUAUGUGCGGAGCGUGAUGAGCACACGGAGACCCUCAAAGGCCGAGAAGAACCGGGUGGACAUCCAGAGCCUGGACAACAUCCUAAGGAGCGCAGAGAUCCACCUCACCAAGGAGGAGAUGCAGGAAGUGCUGCGGCAGGUUCCAGCGGAUGCGUUCUACGAUGCUUUCAGCUUCUUCCCUAAAGACUCGGGCGGCAACAUCAACCUUCACGGCCUGCAAGAGACUGCCAAGGAGCUGGGGAUCAGCCUAACUGCUCAAGAGGCAAACAGGGAGCUGGCGUUUGCAGACGCCGACCGGGACGGCAAGGUGAAUUUCUCUGACUUUCUGAGCAUUGUUACUGACAAGAAGCGUUUCAUGCGGGCGAUAGUCCCAGAGAAAAAACACAGAGGCAAAAGUGACUCUGCUGGUGCCACAGGGAUCCUGCUCUUCGAGGUCUUGUCCAAACUGGUGGAGUUGGCUGCUCUGCCUCAGAAAACUCUGCUUGAGAUCGUCAGGUACUACCGGGAGAAGUUUUUGAGCUGCACUGGCCAAAAAGCCUGGAAGGAUUCUAACAGUUUAAUGUACCGCAGAAAGAAGCACCACAGAAUCAGAAAAGAUCAGGCUUGUGUAUCUUCCUUUGUAAAUGCUGCCCGCAUCUCUUUCAUGAACCACAAAGAUCUACUAGCUUACCUGGGGAGCCUCAAAGCGUGCGUGCCCCUCUCGAGCAGCCCUUACGCCCAGGUGCCCGUCUUCCCGCUGAUUCCUAAACAAGACGCGGUGAUAGCGGGAAGGCCAAAGAAAGAUUUGCAGAGGCUGGAGAGGCAGAGGAGGAGCGAACCCAUAGCCUCGUUCGAAAACCACUUCUUCCGAAAGAGGAACUGGCUGCAGGAGGCGAUGGCCCCGAAGGUUCCCGCUGAGUGCAGGAGGCAGAGGAGCUCCCCUCGAGCCCCCGCGCCGCUCCUGAGCCAACGCUGCCGCCGGCCGCCCGACGCGCUGGCCAGGAUGCAGGCAGAGGCGCAGUGGCUGACCCAGCAGUACCGGCAGAGCCUGGCCCUGCACGAGCGCGCGCGGCUGCUGCCAGUUCGCCUUAUUUUUUAUAACAGGGAUAAUGUGGAGUGGUCAGAAGAGCAGGAAGCCAAUGCCAGAAGUAAAGUUCAAGAGAACAGCUCACAGCUAUUGCCACAAGAUAAACAAGAGGAGUAUGAGGUGAACGCUAACAGGUACUGGGAUGACUUUUAUAAAAUCCAUGAAAAUGGCUUCUUCAAGGACAGACACUGGCUGUUCACUGAAUUUCCUGAGCUGGCCUCAAAUAGAAAUCCAACCCAAAAUGAAGUUUCUGGGUACAAAUGUGGGUACAAAGAGGAAUCCAACAGUGAAGGGCUGGGAAGCUGUGAAAAUGGACAUUGCUCACUGGAAACCAGGGCAGAGAAUCAGUUAAACGUAACCAGGAGCACGCCCGAGUUCUGCACACAGCAGCCAGCUACCCAGAAACACAGGGAGCCGAAUCCAGGGGAUGGACAUUACCCAGGAUCUUCUGCAACUUACCGGAUAUUAGAGGUGGGCUGUGGUGCUGGAAAUACAGUUUUCCCCAUUUUGCAAACCAACAAUGACCCAGGGCUUUUUGUUUACUGCUGUGAUUUUUCUACAGUAGCAGUGGAUCUUGUCCAGACCAACGCAGAAUACGAUUCCUCGCGCUGCUUCGCGUUUGUCCAUGACCUCUGCAAUGACCAAAGUCCCUUCCCAAUGCCAGAAGAGAGUCUCGACAUUGUUAUUCUUAUUUUUGUCCUCUCAGCAAUUCUCCCAGAGAAGAUGCAGUGUGUUGUUAAGAGACUGAGUCGCCUCCUGAAGCCGGGAGGAAUGAUUUUAUUACGAGAUUAUGGCCGUUACGACCUGGCCCAGCUUCGGUUUAAGAAAGGUCAAUGUCUGUCUGAUAACUUCUAUGUGAGAGGUGAUGGCACCAGAGUUUACUUCUUCACACAAGAUGAAUUAGAUGAUCUCUUCAGAACAGCUGGGCUGGAGAAGAUCCAGAAUUUGGUUGAUCGGCGGCUGCAGGUGAACCGUGGGAAGCAAAUGACGAUGUAUCGCGUGUGGAUCCAGUGCAAGUACCGCAGGCCUCGGCCCCUCAGCCCUGAGGAGCAGCAGCGUGGGUCCUAG